CUUUUUUCUGUCAAAUGAAAAGGCUCUUUGUUUCAUAGAAGUAGAGCAUUAGGUGAACAUACACACUCACACAAUAUAUAUAUUUUUAUAUUAUAUCUAGUGUAUAUUUGUGUUCAUGUUUGUAUAUGUACGCGUGUUUAUUUCUCAAUACAAUAAAAUUCACACAUAUUUUCAUGAAAAAUUACUACAGAACUUUAAUGUCAUUCAUUUUUCAUUCUAUCGCGUUAAAAUAUUGUACUAAAAUGUCACAUCCAUGUACCAAUAACACAAUUAUUAAAGGUAUUCUGAAUGAGUGACCACCAACAGAAAUCGAGCAAAUACUUACUGCAAACAGUAUUUUAUUGUCUGAAGUAUAAUUUAUGCACUGACAACAGAGAAUAAUUCAUUUUCACUGCUACUAUAAUUAAUGAAUGAUAAUACUACUAUUACCCGAAAAUUUGCCGAUUUUCCAAAAUAACUUUUAUAUUCGUAUAUAUAUAUAUAUAUAUAUAUAAAUGAGAAAAGAGAUUUACGUGAUUGGAAUGGAUGUUCAUGUACACAAAUCAAACAAGCACCCAAAUCCAUUGGAUAUACACACUAGUUCUUGUUCACUUAUAAAUAUAAGUCAUUAUUUUUUCGUGUGAUAUCUCUACCUGUCUCUCUCGCUUUCUCUCUCUGUCACUGUAUCCUCUAUUCCCGUGCCGAAUCUUUUCUCGAUGUCUUGUUUCAAUUUAACAUUUAAUGCUAAAAAGUAUCAGUUGGAUUUAGCGUAAGCAAAAGUAAAGCUCAGUCGUAUCAUAGCAUAGUCACAUAUUUCUAAAACACUUUCUAUUGAAGGGGUAAUAGUGUAAUAUAUGCAUCAAAUUCUUAAUAUAUAAAGACGCAUACACUCAAUCAAACUAAUGAAGUUAUCAGAGAAAAAUACAACAUCUUCAUUAACCUGAUCAGAUUGUGUUUGUGUGUGCUUCAUAUUCCAAACAGAAAAACUGAAAAAUAUAGUAGAGAGAAGGAAAAUUAAUUAUAUUCAGUUAUAUUAAUUCCUAAUCAAUGAGUGUUCUACUCAGUAUGCAAAAUUCGCAAACUAUUGUUAAUUUACCAAAACAUAUGAUUGGUUCUAAUUAUACUACAAGCAUACGCAACCUUGUCAGUGGUAGGCGCAGUGUCGGAAGUGGUGGUGGUGGUGAUGAAGAAGAAGGUAUUUGUAGGAGGAAUCAUAUAACAACAACACUAUCCAAUUAUCCGUUAAUUCACUCCGAUAAUGAAUGCAUAAGUAUAUCGAAUAGUCCUCAAUAUGAUGUAUAUAUGGGGCAUCCAAUAGUAAUACCAACAACAGAUUCUAUAGAUAAUUUUGAUGAAAAUUUUAUAGCACAAUCACAGAAUUCUCAAAAACUUGAUUAUCACCGUCUUCAUCAUCUGUCUCACUCACAUCAUUCAUCGCCUAAUUCUACAUUGCCUCAAAUUUCCCACUUAUCAUUAGCGGAAUUCAAUUCACCAUUUCAUAUACGACCAAAUAAUCGAUCAAUUUUAUUCAAAAGUAAUCAUCAAAAUGCAUGCGAUAUUUUGGAAAAUUCUAAACCAGACACUGAAUUGACAUCCUGCUUAUCCUCAUCAUCAACAGCAAAAAUAACGUCAUCGUCAAAUAAUCUUGAUCGUCCACAUCAAUUUAUCUCUUCUUCUGUUGCGAGUCAUUACCAUUCGCCUAAUCAACUGCAACAUCAACAGUUACAGCAGAACUUUUUACAUGAAAAUCAAAAAAUGUUAAAUUUAUACUCUAAUUCAAUGGAAUCAUUUCACAAUAAGAACAAUAAUAGCAUUGGCAAUGGUAAUCAUAGUUCUGAUGUAAAAAAUUCAGAUUUUUUUAAUUAUUCACGUUUCAUUGAAACACAUCAAAGGAAUGUUGAAACGUUCGGCUUUAUUUCAUCCGAAGAAAUGAAUGUGAUGCAAAGUUCCAAUUUCCAGCCACCAACAAUUCCACAACAACAGAUUAAUGCCGCUCAUGGUAAUUUAUAUCAAAUAACAAAUAAUUCAUGGAAAUUUAUUGACCCUGUUCGUAAUACUUCUACUACUUUUACUGGUACUACUACUACCAAUAAUCAUAACAGUAAUAGUAAUUUAACUAACAAAUUUAAUACAGUAGGAGAAAAUACCACAACAAUCACUAAUGUCAGUGGUCUUCGUCGUCGUCGUCGUAGUAGUAGUAGUAGUAGUAGUAGUAGUAGUAGUAGUAGUAGGAAUAGUAAUGGUAAUAAUCACACUAUUAACGAGAGUUUGCAUUCAUUUACUCCAUCUGAUCCAAUCGGUAAUAAUUUAUCAACCAAUUACUCACAUUACUCGAAUAUAUCAAAUGCACUGACAACACCUCAUUGUUUGUCAUCAAAAUCUUCACCAUCUUCAUCCAUUUCUUCUGCAUCCCAUUUUAGAUUAGGUGGGCCAAUAUUAUCAAUAAGCAGUCAACAUACACUACAAAGUUCAUUUCACCUAAAUAAAAAUGAUCUCUCACUAGAUAAAUACUCGAAUCAAAAUACUAUUAAUUCUAUGAGUAAUAUCAGCACUACUACUACUAAUAAUAAUAAUGGUAAUAUUAAUCGUCAGCCAAAUCUCACUGUUAUCUAUCCUUGGAUGAAACGUGUACACUCGAAAGCUUCUAAACAAACCACCGGGAGGUCUAUGACUACAAAGCAUCAGGUUAAAAAACAGCCUACACCAGUAAAUCCAGUUCAACACUUAGAAACCAGUGAAGUGGUACAGUGUCAUCAGCAUCAUACAGGACAUUUUAAACACACUGAGCUGAAAUCUAGUGUGAAACUCAGUGGUACUGAUCAAUUUGGUUUGAAUGAACCAUUUUCCCCUCCAUCUUCACUCUCUCAAGGACAGACAGUGGGAGCAACAACUGCUCCACAGGAAAAUACAGCAGGUCUAGUUAGCUGGAUAGAAAGUAAUCAUGAACGUUGCCAUAAACAACAUGGACACCUGAUGGAAUUAUCUACAGACCUAAUCAAGUCAUCUAAAUGUAUCACAGACCCUUCAUCUUCUUCUUCCUUAGACGAAAUGGACGAUAUCUACUACAUAACUCAACCGAACGACCCAAAACGCACACGCACCGCAUACACACGUCAACAGAUAUUAGAACUGGAAAAGGAAUUCCACUACAAUAAAUAUUUAACUCGGAAAAGACGAUUAGAGAUAGCCCACACCUUGACAUUGUCUGAGAGGCAAAUUAAAAUAUGGUUUCAAAAUCGUCGCAUGAAAUGGAAAAAAGAGCAUCAUUUACCAGGUAUGAAACAACGAUUAAUUGAAUCACGAUCUCCAAAUACUGGCCUGGGUAGAAGCCAUACUAAUUUCGAUAAUAAAAAUAAUAAUCUCAUGAUAAAUGUUAACACAACUACUAAAAGUAAUAACAGUGGUUGUCAAAAUCCUUUGUCUAGUCGUAAUUUGUCAUUGCGAACAUCAUCAUUAUUUCCUAAUGCAUUUCAAACGAUGACACAAAGUCUAAAACCACUCUGUUCACCUGAUUCAACAAAUUUUACAUCUAAUAAUUCAUCUAACUGUCCAAUUGCUUCUUCUUCUUCUGACGACGGUGUAUCAGCAACCAUGUCUUUGACUGACCAAUGGUCAUCAGUGAUUUCAAAUAAUCUGCAUAUGCAUAACACUACAACGGCAAUAAAUAUACCUUAUCCUUCUCUAUCACUUUCCACUCAACAUCAUUCUCAGCGGAAUUAUCUUCAUGCAAGUGGAGUCUACAAUGAUUCAGAGUAUGUAUCACCUACAUUCAACAGUGAUCAUUCACACCUUCAUCCAAGUCAGCUACAGACAAGUCAAAGUUGUAUUAAUAAUAAUGCUCCUAAUAUGUAUCCAGACAACACUUCAAGUGGUAGUGUGUCCAAUGAUUCAAGGUAUCAUACUACAUCAAUCAGUGUUCAUCUAUCAAAAAUGGUUAGACAUACAUAUCCCUCGAAUACAGUAGAAACGGAUGAACAACAAAAUUUAUGUUUAUUAAGAAAUUGCAGUAAUCAAAGCGAAUGUGGCAACAGUAUAUGCAGUGGACAAAACAGCAGUUGUGGCAGUAGCGGUAUUACUAAUAAUAGUAUUCACAGUAGAGAAGCUACUGGUUGAAGAAUUUAAUGAUAAUGUCAAAGGAUAAAUGAAUGUUUAAAUAUGAACAACUUAAUAAAAUCGCCUUUACCUUUACUCCAUGUAUAUCAUGGAACAAUGUCAUAUCCUAUAAAAUACAUUCCACUAGGUAGUACAAACAAGAGUAUUAAUGCACUAUUAUUGGCAGCAACUGCGGAAGAUUCUAUAUAUUCUAUAUACCUGGAUUAAGAAUUACUUGCAUGCUAAUACAAAUAUACAUAAACAUAAUUAUUUCAUUUUCGCUAUUACUACUUGUGCAUGUCACGAACAAGUAAUAGUAAAGAUAUGGUGAAAAUAUUUCCUUGUCCAUUACUAUACUUCUGUACAAGUUGUUUUUCCUCAAAGCUUUUCUUUUUCACAUAAAUUAUGGUCACAGCAUGCUUGAUGAUUUUGUUUAAAAGUGGUGUUAAAGAAAGUGACUGCUUACAUGUACAGUUUUACGAGCAUAUUCAGUAAACACUAUAAUACUAUUUUGCACGGUAAUGAAGCGUCAUUUCUGCUUCUGUUAUCACUUAUAACACUGGUAUAAAUUAAAUUAAAUAAGUGCAAGAAUGAUUAUACUUCUUAACCCCUUUUUGUAAAGAACAAACGGAAACGUAAUUGUGCUUUGUUCAGUAACAAAAAAUAAAUCCAAAAAUAACAUUAUAAAUAUUUAUUUUUAAACUUCGUGCAGUAACUACUCUGUGUUAUGUACUGAUACGGGGAUAUAACUGAUUGAUCCUGAAUAAAAUUACCUCAAAAGUGUUAAGUUCUCACUGGCACAAUUAAUUGGAAGCUAACCACUGUUUAAUCUGCAGGAUUAAAGUCAUGGAUGCAGAAGUCUAGUGUCUGUUCUAAGCUGUUAUUUAGCGAAAACUCGAGGGAGAUAUCUACGUAUGUUGAACGACAGUACUAUAGUGAAUUCAAUGUGGUUACAUAACUCGUCUUUACGAGCAUUCCUGCCCAAUGAUGAAAAUAUUUAAUCUAUUUAACCUGUCUCAAUUAUCUUUGUCUCACUGUUUAUGUUCGAAGCGGAUAUUAAUACUUAGUCGCGUGUAAUCCAGAUGGUUGAAGGUUAAACCUCAGCUACCCAGGUUAUUUUAAAUUAUCAGCUUCUGUGACUUCGAGGUACAUUAAGCGUCAGUACCGUAAGCUGAUUUCCUGUAUUUCUAAUCAAAAAGCAGUUACAUUUGUAGUAAAUGAGUGCCUCAUUUUGAUUUUCUGCAUUCUGACUUUCUGUGCAAAGUCUGAAGAGAAUCAGCGACCGAACAGCUUGAGAAAUCAGCAGGCAUGAUUCAAAACGAAAACUGUUGGCGAUAAUGCUGAAGUUUCCUUGUUCUUUCUCAAAACUUGACAGUUAAUCUGUGAGAAUUUUAUAAAAAAAGCAGCGGUAUGCCUUCACAGAUUCCGUUAUUAUUUAUCUUGAUUUCAUUCAAUAAUACUGUUGAAUUACUUUGUGCAGUUUAUUUCUUUAAAUUCUUUGUUGUAUCACAUUUGUCUGAAAAUAAAGUGGUAAACAUAAAACACUGCAUAUGGUGGGCGAAAAUUUCCGCCUAGAAGUUGAUGUGAUUUCACAAUUUUCGUGAAUGAUUCAAGUGAAUCACAUAUUUCAGGAAGAUUAAUUAAUUAUGAAUGUGCUUAUGCAAAACCUAUUAAAUGUCUUAUGGAACCAGGUGAAAUUGGAGAGUAUUUAACUGUUUCCUAGAUGUGUGGUGUAAAGUUUUUGCAUGACUUCCUAGUAUAGUAUAUGGCUAACAGUUUUUUAUUGUGUAUGUAACGUGAGUUUUUUGAUUUAGGCUUUAUACAAC